AAGAAGAACAGAUAAUUAUCAUAGUGUAUAUCCUUUGAAUUGUUUGGAUGUUGGUAAGCAGUGAUCUGCAAGAUUUGUCGGUGCCCUGAGAAACGAUGCCACAUCAGCUAUGGUUUGCACUACUAAUGAUUUACAGGAGUGGAAAGACUUCCCUAAGGGACUUCGGGUGCUUCUCCUUGAUGGAGACAGUAUUUCUGCUGCAGAGAUGAGAUCAAAGCUUGAGGCAAUGGAUUAUAUUGUUUCUACAUUCUGCAAUGAGAAUGAAGCUUUGACAGCAAUUUUAGACAAGCCUGGAAGCUUUCAUGUUGCUAUUGUAGAGGUAGGUCCAAACGACAGUCAUGGAAGCUUCAAGUUUCUAGAAACUGCUAAGGACUUGCCGACCAUUAUGACCUCAAACAUUCAUUGCCUGAGCACCGUGAUGAAGUGCAUAGCGCUUGGUGCAGUGGAGUUCCUGCGAAAGCCGCUCUCAGAGGACAAACUCAGGAAUAUUUGGCAGCAUGUGGUUCACAAGGCAUUCAAUACCAAGAGUAGUUUCCUUUCUGAAUCAUUAAAGCCUGUCAAAGAGUCUGUGGUGUCCAUGCUGCAGCUACAACUGGAAAAUGGAGAACCUGACAAUAAAAUAUCAGUCGAAACAGAAAAUGUGUCUCUUGUCCAUGAAAAUGACCAGCACUCAGUAGGAAGUGAUAAGUACCCAGCUCCUUCUACCCCACAAUUGAAACAGGGAGCGCGGUUACUAGAUGAUGGGGAUUGCCAAGACCAAACUAACUGCUCAACAGAAAAAGAGAGCGGUGAGCAAGAUGGGGAAUCUAAAUCUGUCGAAACUACUUGUGGUGAAUCAAUUGCUGAAGGUACUCUUCAGGAGGGCGAACCUCCAAUACCAGGAAAGAAUCUGAUCAAAGAGGAAGAGGAGUCUGCUGAUGGUUUUAAAAAUGAGAGAAAGGCGUCUCCUCACCAGCAUAAUAGAGACGGCCGCAGCAAUAUAGAUGGUGGUGGUGGUGGUCUUGAAAACCUGAGUAAACCAUCUGUAAAUAAUUCUAGUGGGGCUAGAGCUAAUCGGAAGAAGAUGAAGGUAGACUGGACAUCAGAACUGCACAAGAAGUUUGUGCAUGCAGUUGAACAACUAGGUGUUGAUCAAGCCAUUCCUUCUCGGAUACUAGAGCUCAUGAAAGUGGAUGGUUUAACGAGGCAUAAUGUAGCAAGCCAUCUCCAGAAAUACAGAAUGCACAAGAGACACAUCUUGCCCAAGGAAGAUGAACGAAGAUGGCCACACACAAGAGAUGUAAUGCAAAGGAGUUAUUAUCCACAAAGACCGAUCAUGGCCUUUCCCUCAUAUCAUUCUAAUCACACCAUCUCCACGGCUCCGAUUUAUCCUAUGUGGGGCUCACCGGGCGGCCACCCCGCCGGAGUCCAGAUGUGGGGUUCGCCUGGCUAUCCUGCAUGGCAACCAACAGAUAAUUGGCACUGGAAGCAGCCUUAUCUUGGGAUGCCUGCUGAUACCUGGGGUUGCCCUGUCAUGACAACUCCACAUAAUCCUUAUCCUUCCUUCCAUCAAAAUACUUCAGGAUUUCACCAUGCUGGUGCAGUUCAUAAUAAUAGCUGCGGCAUCUCACAAAAUUCUUUUGAAAUUCAUCCGGCAGAGGAGGUAAUUGACAAGGUUGUGAAGGAGGCAAUUAGUAGCCCAUGGCUGCCAUUGCCCUUGGGCCUCAAGCCUCCCUCCACAGAGAGUGUACUAACUGAGCUCUCCAGACAAGGCAUCUCCAGAAUCCCCCCUCACAUCGACGGCUCUAAUCAUCAUCCCCACUGACGUGGCACCGGUCCCACAGGGACUCGGUGGUCUCAACUCAAUCAAGUCACAUGAUCUGUCAGUGGAAGUUUUACAAAAAGUUUGACAGGUGUCAUGGACCUGAUUGAUUGGGACCACCUACACCAUUCCCCUCUCAGCACCACCUAACCUGAUCCAACAUAGAACAACUCACGUGGCCUUUGUGAAGAUUCCGCUGAGUGGUAAUGUCAGAUCGAUGACACGUAGACAGAAAACGACACUGAUCCUAUCCAUCGCCACAGUAAAAAGGGGUAAAAACGACAGCCUUUUUGGUCGACAACUUGGGCAGUCGAGAACUGGCCACGUAUGUGGCUGCUGUUCCACAUGUGGAAGCUUGUGGCUAUAAAUAGGCCGACAAGAACGUGUUGUUUUGCAUAAUUUUUCUGAUGUAAAAAAUGUACAAUAUUUGACGGUGAUGGGAAAAGGGUCCUUCUUGGUGUUGUUGGGUAGGACCCGCUCUGGUGCUUUCUCUAAUAAUGAAAGGGGUGGUGGACCCAUUGACCUCUUCCUUCAAUGGGUUCUGGUUUUGUUUGCCCACUGCAUGUCUUGUAUAUAAUAUUUGAGGUAACAAAACGUAAUAAUAACAAUUUAUUUUUGGAGUUCA